AUGGAGACGGUCUGCCCAGAAUCUCAAGGCUUGGAAUUUUAUGACUACGACGACAACGAUGACAAAUUCAGCUACUUCUACCACUCCGCACGUCGUCCAUCCCAGUGGAACAACUUGGGUGGUAGUCAGGGGGAGAACCUGGGAGAACCCAUCCCAUUUUCCCUAAAUACCAAGCACUCUGAAUUCAGCUACUUCUACCACUCCCCACGUCGUACCAAGCACUCUUACAUGGUGGAAGACAAAGGAGAGAAAAAUGGAAUACAUGCCAAGAUGUUGGCCAAGCAGGCACUGGAGCUUGAGGAGGAAGCUCAGGAGUUUCAGGAGCCAUUUUACAAAGGUAUGGAAAUGUCUGGCAGCCUGUCUGAAGACAAGGGCUGCAACUGGUCCUAUUACCCUCCUCCACGUCAAAGAUCUCAUCUUCUCCAAACCGCCCGUAUGGCACCGUGUGGCUCCCAUGACCCUUUCCAGGGUAGCACUGAGAAGUGCGUGGGGUUGGAUGCCUUUGCCUCACGGGCCCAUGCCAGUGAGCCCUAUCUGGGGUAUCCAAAGCGUACCAUGGGAGGAGAGCCCCAAAUGCUGCACGAGGAGGCCAUCGAGGAUGGGGAAUCCCUGCACCUGACCUACGACAUGCUCAGGGAAGAGAAUGUCAUGCUCAGGAAGAUGGUCAGGAGCAUGGAGAGCUCCUUGGAGAACCAAGCAUGCACAGUCAAGAGGCUGGAGGGGCAGCUGAAGGUCAGCCUGGCCAAAGAGGAGAGGGAAGCCCAAGAGCUACAGUCCUUUGUCCAGUGCACCAAGUGGAAUCUCCAACUAAUGACCCAGCGGGCUCUGGAGGCUGAAAGCAACGUGGAGAAACUGAAGCAGGAGAUCUUUAUUCUCCAAGGAGAGCUGGAGAGGUCUCAGAUGGAGAACAAAAAGCUGAAAGCGGGCCAAAUGACCGACCUGGGAGCAAUGAAGAACAACGUAGACUUCGCCUUGCAGAACCUCGAGAAAAUAAUAAUGGUUGCAAAGUGGUCCAGCAGACAGCUCACCUCUGGAGCGGAUCACCUGUGUUUUGUUGCUGAGGUCCUUAAAUCUACUGACAAAAUUUCUGAAGCUGAAGCAGGAAAAGCGUUUUGA